AGUUAGCUUUUGAUAGAUUGAAAAUUUGGAAUCUCUAGGAUUUUAAAACAUCUAAACCCAAAACUUCUUUACCUUAGAAAAUAUUAAGGUUUUUAGUUUGAGUAUCUGAAUCAACAUUGUAGAGAAAUGAGUUGCUUUUCAUGUUUUUCUUCCAACGAAAAGAAAGUAGCAAAGAGGCCUAACAACAAUGGCAAGAGAAUACAACAGCCUGCUGCUCAUCCUCCCAAGGAAACAGCCCAACCUCAGCCACAUCAAGAGAAUCAUUAUCACAAGGCAAGGGCCAACCCACAAAUAGAACCUAAAAUAAAUAAGGAAGCCAACAAAGAUACUGUGAACAAUCAUAACAUUGCUGCACAAACGUUCACAUUCAGGGAAUUGGCUACUAUCACAAAGAACUUUAGGCAGGAAUGCCUAAUAGGUGAAGGUGGAUUUGGGAGGGUUUAUAAAGGAAGACUUGAAAAAACCAACCAAGAAGUAGCUGUGAAGCAACUUGACAGGAAUGGAUUGCAAGGAAACAGAGAGUUUCUUGUUGAAGUUUUAAUGUUGAGUCUUUUACACCACGAAAAUCUUGUGAAUCUAAUUGGAUAUUGUGCUGAUGGAGAUCAGAGACUAUUGGUAUAUGAGUACAUGCCAUUGGGAUCUCUUGAGGACCAUUUGCUUGAUCUUCAUCCACAACAAAAGCCUCUAGAUUGGUUCAUAAGAAUGAAAAUAGCUUUGGAUGCUGCAAAAGGUCUAGAAUAUUUGCAUGACAAGGCCAAUCCUCCAGUUAUCUACCGUGACUUAAAAUCCUCCAACAUUUUGUUGGACAAAGAUUUCAAUGCAAAACUCUCAGAUUUUGGACUAGCCAAGCUUGGACCUACAGGGGACAAGUCUCAUGUCUCUUCAAGGGUAAUGGGUACUUAUGGAUACUGUGCCCCUGAGUAUCAAAGAACUGGUCAACUCACUGUAAAAUCAGAUGUAUACAGCUUUGGAGUUGUUUUGCUUGAAUUGAUCACUGGAAGGAGAGCCAUUGACAACACAAGACUAACAAGGGAGCAAAACCUUGUUUCUUGGGCACAUCCAGUAUUCAAGGACCCUCAUAGAUACCAAGAAUUAGCAGAUCCACUUCUUCAAGGAAACUUUCCAAUGAGAUCAUUGCAUCAAGCAGUGGCAGUAGCAGCAAUGUGUCUCAAUGAGGAGCCAUCAGUGAGGCCCUUAAUAAGUGAUGUUGUUACGGCCCUUAGUUUCCUUGGUACAACUCCAGGGUCUAAAGACCUUUCAGGAAUGAAUGCACCCAUUGACAUGCCUUCUCCACCACCAGAGCAAGAAGAAGCCAAUAGCACCCCUUUGAAUCUUCUUGACGAUGAUAGUGGUUUGGAACGCCAAAGAGCAGUUGCUGAAGCCAUUGAAUGGGGUUCAAAUACUAGGAACAAAGCACAAAGGAAUGAAAGUGCUUCCUCUUUGUAA